AUGAAUUCUUUAUUUACUAUUCUUAAAGACAUACAAAUUAAUGUGCCUUAAUCAUAAUUAUAACAUUCUUUUGUUUUAUGUGGUUAAACUCAAGUUGGAAAAUCAACAAUUGUAUAUUUUUUAUUUAAAUUUAGGUUUCUAAAUUAACAUCAUAAUAAAUAUAAGAUUAAGCAGGUUUGAUAUAUACAUAAUAAAAAACAAAUAUUAUAGGUUAUUAAGCAGUCCUUCAAUAUUUUGAGAUUUCUGGAUAAGCAUUUAAAUAAUUAUUAACUUUACCAUUAAAUAAACAAUCAUAUUAAUAGUACAGUUAUAUUUUAGUAAUUGAUUUAUCAGAUAAUCCUCAUGAAAUUCUAAAUACAUGUAAUUCAGAAAUUAGAUAUAUAAAGGAGGAAACAGAAAAGAAAUUAUAAUAAUCAAUAGAUGUUGAUACUUUUAAACAAUUGGAAUUAAAUAUUUAUGAUAAGAUUAUGAUGCAUCAUGAUAAAAAUAGAAUAAUUCCUUCAUAUGUUCCUAUUAUAAUUGUAGGAUGGAAAUAUGAUUUAUUUUCUAAAAAUUUGGAUUAAGAAUCUAGAAAAUGGAUAACAAGAGGAUUAAGAUAUUUAGCACAUACAAAUAAUUGUUCACUUGUAUUUGGAAGCAAUUAAGAUUAUUAAUUAGUAAGAUAAACUUUAUAAUAUCAUGUAAAACCAUCAGCUUCUAUAUAUCAACAUGAUCAUUUAAAAUAAUUAUGUAUCACUCAAUUAUCUGAUUCAAUUGAAAAUAUUAAUUUACCUCCUUCUGGAAGUAACCCUUUAGAUGGAUUUAACAAAAUUAUUAAAGAUUAAAUUGUUGCUGUAGUAAAUAAUUAAAAAAAGAAAAAAUAAUCGAAAAUAACAGAAGAAGAUUGGAAUAAUUAUAAAGAAGAAAAAAUUGAUAGACUUAUAAAACAAUAUGAAUUUUAAUAAAAAUAAACAACAAAGCAGGAAGAAUCAGUAUUAAUUUGA